UCCCUUCCCUAACUUUGUACAUUUACAUUUUGGUCCUUGUUCAUUACACACCGGCCACCGCCAUAGCUGUCGACACGAAGAAGGAAUGACCGGCGAUUGUGAACUGCCUCUUGCCGCCUAGUCGAUGACGAUGAGUGCCUUUGUCCUUAUUUCUUUAGUGAUUUAAUAACUCGAUUUUCUCAAAGGAGCUUGAUUUUCGUAAGCUUGAAUUGUUUCAAGUUAAAAGAACUGAGCCCGCUGCUGUUUUACAGGAGCCGGACGUAGGUUCUGUGUCAGAGAAAUGAAGAAAAAUCUUCUUAUCGCACUCUCUAAGGUUCUGCAUCUUUUACCCCUUGUUGUUUAUGCUUCAAUGUAUCAGUAGUUUGAACGACUUCUGCCAUUUUAGGUUUACAGAGAUAUUCAGGUCUGGAUUCCUGAAACGGAGGUUGAUUCUGAUGAAAAGACCAUGGUUUCUGAAAUGUUUAUCGGAGGAUGUACAUGAGCAGCAUAACUGUUUGAUGAAAGUCCUAGCUGACUUGAUUCUUUUACUUACAGUCGACAGCCGGUACAUACAGCAUUCAGUAGGAAAGAUUGGCAAGGCCGUUUCUAAGCUUCAGGCUCCAUCUGGAAGUAACUGGGACUCUUUGGUUCAUUCACUCUGGAUGUGCCUGGAAUUGAUAGUGAAAUGCAUGUUGUCCUGUUUCCAAAUUCAAAUGCUGACGAGGAUUUACAUUUUGGAUCCUCAAGUCUAAGGUCUUAAUUCGUUGUCUACGAAAUACAGACUGGCCCGCAGCAGCUCAUAUAAUCCAAAUCUUGCGGAAUAUACUGAAAAGUUUGAAGCAAUGAGUCUCAUGAUCAGCAUGAACAAGGUUUUGGUCUAGUGGUAAUACCACUAGCCUUGAUGGAGCUCCCAACUUCGAUUCCCUUGGUUAGUAAAAGUUGUGUUCUUGGGGAGUUUGAUCUCAUUUCUUUGUUCAUUGGUUGAGCAAACCGCAGCUCCAGAGUCCACAGUCCAUCUCUGAAAUCAACAUUCAAUACUUCCCAUAGUUAUUAAUCUUGUGCCUAACAUUAUAAAAAAAAUAAUAAUAAUCUUGUGCCUAAAUUUCUCUAUUGGUGUCUUGGCAAGCCAGAGAAUAGGGUCAAACAGCCCACCUUUCAGUACUUCACUCACAAAUUGCUGGUAAGACCUUGCUUCAUUUUAUUUUUCUGGCUAGAUUAAUUUGGAGUAGAAAAAUAUGAUUUCUUGUCAUGGAAACCAUUGCAGGAGAUCGUGAAUGAUAGAUAGUUUCCUAUGUUUUACUGGUUCAUAUUGAUAUGCUGUGGUCGUUUUUUGUUGAGUUAUUGAUUGAUGGGUUCAGGAAUUUAAGAUCAGCAGAAUCUUUCUGCAGAUGUUAAUGCCGAGACUUAGUUUAAGUUGCAUCACGCUUGUUUCCUGGUUGCAACUUCUCCAUGACAACUUUGAAGAGCUACUUUUCAAACCCAUGUCUAGGAUUGAGUCUUGUCAAAAUGAUUGCCUAGAAGUCUCCCCGUUUCUCUCAAGCGUCUCUCAGGGAAAAGCAUAAGACAGGAGCACUCCUUCAUUCUAAAAGGCAUGCCAUACUCCUAUUCUUAGCUGCUGCUUUAGUUUGAUCGGCUCGUCAGGAGAGAAUGCCAAGCAACCUCCUGCAGCUCAUAACUCUCUCUCGGCUGUUGACUUGGUCUCUGACCCUGAUUCUUCUGGUAGAAGUUAAGGAUUUAUUGAGCUCUACAAAUGGCUCCAAGCCCAUCUCCAAAACAGCUUCUUAUAGGGAAAGGAAAUGUGUAUGGACAAGUGUAUACUUUUUGCAAGAUCUUUUCUCCAGCUAUAUUUGCAUGAGGUUAGAACCUUCUUAGCUCAGGGAUUUGUUAGCUACUAUAGAACACAACACACCCUUUUAAAUUGUUGUCUAUUGCUUGAAAAUAUUAGCGAACGUAUUUCACAUUAGUCUAUUGCAGGCCUUAACAAAUCAAGGAUUUCCCGUCACGUCUAAUUACUGUUUGAUUCCGGUGUAGGAUGACUUAUAGUUUAAGGUUCUUCUGCAGUUGGUUGCUGUGUCUUCUUGUUUGGAGCAUCAGUGAGUAGUGACCAUAACUAGUUCAAUUUGAUUUUACUGGUGAAAACACAUUAUUGAUUAUCUGAUCAUGUAUAGGUUAGAGGGAUAUAAACAAGCGUUCAUGAUGCAGAAGAGGAUAUUGGAUUUCUAGUUUCAAAUGCUUUCUGUCCACUGAAUUUAUUCCAUCCAUUCCUCUCAGAGGUGACAUCCCUUUGUAUAGGCUUCAAUAUUAAUAGCCCAAAAGUCCUUUGUUUCGAUUUUGAAAUACUUCAUUUUCUUAUAGUUGCACUAUGAUCAUCAAGUGCUGCUUGAUUACCUUAUUUCCAAGGAUCUUGGAAUUAGUGGUGCAGAGUAUCUGUUGAAGGAAAUGCUACGGUUAGUUUAUCUCAAACAAGGCAAAAGAUCUUGACAGAUGGUCCUGACUUCCACGCAGACCAAUCUUCUGUGGCAACAAUCAUAGCCGUGUCUCCCUCUCUUAAUGAAACAGUUAAGAUGGA